AUGAGUAGUAGGAGGAAGAACUUAGUAGGAACUUAUACCAUUCCUAAGCAGUUGGCCGUUGAUAUCCAACUGGAGAACGAUAGGUACGAUAGUAUAAGUACAGAGGAGUUGAAGGAUAACACGAAAAAUGAAUACAACAAACAAUCACUGAAAUUAACAGAUGUGGUUAAUAAUGGUCAGUUAACUUAUAAACAGAGGAUACAGCAUAAUAAUGGCCAGAACACAGAAUCUGAACAGUUACAGAUAGAGAUUCAAUCACCAAUGAAAAGACGUCGAAGAAGAAGGUGGGAUGUAACCCCUGAAGAGCGUGAAAAGUUAUUAGAACUAGAACAAGACAAGACGUUAUCUCAAAUACUAUCUCAUCAAGUACCUGUUUAUAGAGGGUUACCCUUAACAGAUGAAAUUUUAGACAAAAUAUUACCAGAAGGGUACGUCAAGGCCACAAUACCCAAAGAUAUAAUAGCGAAACAAGCGACAAACGAUACAUAUAUGCCAUUAAGUUCAGAUGUUCAAAAUCAGAAAGCUAUGGAGGAAUUGAUGGUCACCAAAUUACCUGAAAUCAAUGGUAUUGAGUUUUUCAGAAAGGAAGACCAGAAAUAUUUCGGAAAAUUGGAUCUUAUAAAGAACAAACAGAAUCUUUCUACCGAAGAGAAGAAUGAACUCAAGGUGAUGGAAUUAUUAUUGAAGAUUAAGAACGGUAACAAUAUUGUCAGGAAAAAAUCUUUAAGACAACUCACUGAUAGUGUGAAGAAUAUCGGGCCCGAACCCAUGUUCAACCAGGUGUUACCUUUAUUAAUAGAACCCAGUCUUGAAGAUCAAGAACGUCAUGUGUUGGUGAAAUUAAUAGGAAGGGUAAUCUUCAAAUUAGAUGAUAAAGUACGUCCAUAUACCCAAAAGAUUCUUGCCGCUGUAUCUCCAUUGUUGAUCGAUGAAGAUUUCAAUUUAAGGCUUGAAGCUCGAGAAAUCAUCUCAAGUUUAUCUCAAGCUGCUGGGUUAGCUAAUAUUUUAUCUACCUUAAGACCUGACUUAAGCAAUAAUGAUGAGUAUAUCAGGAACAUCACGUCCAGGGUAUUAGCUGUAGUGGGAAAUACUUUGGGACUUACCAACUUCCUUCCUUUCCUCAAAGCUGUGAUAAAAUCGAAGAAAAGUUGGCAAGCAAAGCAUACUGGGAUCAAAAUUAUUCAACAAUUAUGUAUUCAAUUGGGUUCUGGGAACGGGAAUUCCAUUUUACCCCAUUUGAGACAAUUCGUAGUACUUUUAACUCCUGCAAUAUCAGAUGAUCAAGCUCAAAUCAGAAUGAUUACUGCCAACACUUUAUCUCAACUUGCUGACACCGUCGCUCCUUAUGGAAUUGAAUCUUUCGAGCCUAUCAUAGAACCUUUAUGGAACGGUAUGAAGAAACAUCGUGGUAAAGGAUUAGCCACUUUCUUAAGGGCCCUUGGAUCUAUAAUUCCUUUAAUGAAGAAUGAUUCCAAUUACGAAGAGUACGCUAAUUACUAUACUAAAGAAUUAGUUGGCGUUAUCUCUAGAGAAUUCAAUUCUCCAGAUGAUGAAAUUAGGUCUACCAUUCUUCGAGUUUUGACCAAAUUACCAAUUAAUAGGCAAUUGAUCAAGAACUAUGAAUCUACCAUUUAUAGUCCGUUCAUGAAAUCUUUCUGGAAUAGAAGAACAGCAACUGAUGUCAAAUUCUUGUACAAAUUAGUGGUGAAUACUACCACCGAAUUGGCAUUGAAGCUCAAUUAUUUGAAAAUGAUCGAAAAAUUGAUAGUCUUCACCAAAGACUCUAAUGAAUUGCUCCGUAAAAUGGCUGUAGAAACCAUAUGGAAGAUUAUUUCCACCAAACCAGAGGAACUUAUUGGUAUGGAACCAAAAUUGGAAGAAAAAUUAGUCGAUGGUGUAUUGUUUGCAUUCCAAGAACAGACUCAACAGAACAAGGUUUACUUGAGUGGUAUGUCUAUCGUAGCAAAAACCUUAGGUAUCAGGUUGAAACCUCAUAUAAAUUCCAUCCUUAGUACAGUUUUGUAUAGGAUCAAGAAUAAGUCUCCAGAAGUCAGACAACAAGCAGCACUUUUAAUUGCUGCUAUCGCUCCUACUGUUCAGAAGUGUACCCACGGAGAAAGCGAUAUCAUACAGAGAUUAAUACUUAUUCUUUAUGAAUCUUUGGGAGAAGUUUAUCCCGAUGUUUUGGCAUCCUUGUUAACAGCAUUGAACUCAUGCUUGGAAUCUUUCUCCAGUGAAGAUUUGUUGGGUCUUCAAAAUCCUUCAAUCAAUCAGUUAGUACCUUCAUUAUCACCUAUUUUGAAGAACAGGCAAGAAAAGGUUCAGGAAUCAUGUAUCCUUGUUAUUGGUUUGAUAGCCAGGAAAUGUGCUGAAACCAUCAAUGUCAGAGAAUGGAUGAGAAUUUGUUUCGAUCUUUUGGAUACAUUGAAAUCACCCAAGAAACGUAUCAGAAUAGCUGCCAAUAGUACUUUUGGUGAUAUUGCCAAAACCAUAGGUCCCCAAGAUAUCUUAUCUAUGCUUCUCAACAAUUUGAGGGUUCAAGAAAGACAAUUAAGAGUUUGUACUUCCGUAGCUAUUGGUAUCGUUGCUGAAGUGUGUUCCCCAUUCACAGUCAUACCAGCGAUUAUGAAUGAAUACAGAACUCCUGAUACUAAUGUUCAAAAUGGGGUGUUGAAAGCCAUGACGUUCUUAUUCGAAUAUAUCGAUGGGAACAUGACCAAGGAUUAUUUAUAUGCCAUAACCCCAUUACUUCAAGAUGCUUUAACCGAUAGAGAUCAAGUUCAUCGUCAAACAGCUGCUACUGUAAUCAAACAUAUGGCUCUUAAUUGUCAAGGAUGUAUUACUGAUGAGUAUGUUGACGUUUUUAUCCAUUACUUGAAUCUUCUCAUUCCCAACGUUUUCGAGACCUCCCCCCACGUCAUUGCCAGAAUCCUUGAAGCCAUUGAUGCCAUUAAAAAUGUUAUAGGAUACGGUAGGUACACGAAUUAUAUUUGGGCCGGACUUUUCCAUCCAGCAAAGAAAGUAAGAGCUUCUUACUGGAAGUUGUAUAACAUGGCAUACAUCCAAAACGCUGAUGCCAUUGUUCCUUAUUUCCCUGAAUUGGAGAGUUUGAGUAUUGAAGGGGAGAAGCAUGAAAUAGAGGAAUUCGAUUUAUUCUUAUAA